AUGCUUUCUAGAACCUACCCCCUUUGUUCAUCCCUUGCUCGUGGUCUUAGUCGUGGCUAUGCCUCAAGUGCGUCGUCUGCCAAUAACGGCAUCAAACUUAAAACUUUGCCUAGUGGUAUAAGAUUGGCCGUUGAUGAGACACCAUCUCAUUUCAGCGCUAUAGGGAUGUACGUGGAUGCAGGUUCUCGUUAUGAGGAGAGAUAUGGACUUACAGGAUGUUCUCAUCUCACUGAUAAACUUGCCUUUAAGAGUACGAGAGAUUUUUCUGGAAGUCAAAUGCUGGAGAAAUUGAAUCUCCUGGGUGGUAAUUUUAUGUGUGCCUCAUCCAGAGAAUCCCUUAUUUAUCAGGCCAGUGUAUUUAAUUCUGAUGUGGAAAAGAUGUUCCAUUUAAUGAGUGAUAGUGUGGCCCGACCUCAGCUUACUGAGGAGGAAGUUCAAGAACAGAAGAUUAAUGCUCAGUAUGAGCUCAGUGAGAUCUGGUUACAAAGUGACCUUAUACUUCCGGAGAUUUUCCAGCAGGUUGCGUAUGACAAUAAGAACUUGGGGUCUCCUCUACUUUGUCCCACUGAAGAGUUGGGUAAUAUCACCAAGGACAAGUUGUUGAAGUUUAGAGAUUUGUUUUAUAGACCGGAUCGAUUGGUUGUGGCUCUAUGUGGCAUUCCGAUUGAAAGAGCCGAGGAAUUGACUGAAAAGUAUUUUGAAGGAUUUCAAAGCGGCAAUAAUGCAGAUGAAAUUGUUAAAGAUAAAGCUAUUUAUACCGGAGGUGAGAGAUCUUUGGAUGUUCCUAAGGAGUUAGCAUACAAAGGUCAGGAAUUUCACCAUAUCUAUGUUGGCUAUGAAGGUGUAUCGAUAGGAGACGAUGAUGUGUACAAAUUGGCUACGCUUCAGAUGCUAAUUGGAGGUGGAGGUUCUUUCUCCGCAGGUGGUCCAGGUAAAGGAAUGUAUGCCCGAGCCUACACCCGAAUCUUGAAUCAGUAUGGAUUUGUAGAGAAUUGCAAGUCAUUUAUUCACAAUUUCACUGAUAGCGGACUCUUUGGUAUUUCUCUUGCGUGCAUUCCUCAGGCUGAUAAAGUGAUGGCCGAUCUUAUUGGAUACGAGUUUUCUCUGUUGAUGGAUCAUGAUGUUGGUAAGGGAGGAAUUUCAGAAAAUGAAGUCAGUAGAGCCAAGAACCAGUUGAAGUCAUCUUUGAUGAUGAAUUUGGAGAGUAAGAUGGUUCAAUUGGAAGAUAUGGGAAGACAGAUCCAGGUGUUCGGCAAGAAGAUUGAUGUCACAGAGAUGUGUGAAAAGAUCGAUGCUGUCACUAGAUCAGACUUGAUUAAUAUUGCCGAGAAAAUUCUUACUGGCUCUGAGCCAACCAUUGUGGUUCAAGGUGAAAGAGAAGCUUUCGGUGACAUUAAAGAGACGUUGAAAGGUCAAGGAUUAGGUUCCAACGGUUCCAACGGUUCCAACGGUUCCAAAUCCAAGCAGAAGAAGCCCCAUGGAUGGUUUUCAUGA